AAAACCUCAUUUGCUGUGGGGGGAGGUUUUAUUUGACGCCAUUUAGCUUCCUCUUUAUCUGGGCGCAGCAACAACGUGAGUUCAUUCGGAACUGUUAAAAGGGAGAAAAAUGCAGGACCCAAACGCGGAUACGGAGUGGAAUGACAUCCUGCGAAGGAAAGGCAUCCUGCCGCCCAAAGAGAAACCAGACGACGAGGAGGAGGAGGAGCAGCAGGUUAUACAGCAGUCCGUAGUGAAGACGUAUGAGGAAAUGACGCUGGAUGAGCUGCAUGAGAAUGAGGACGAGUUCAGUGAGGAGGAUGAGCGGGCCAUGGAGAUGUACAGGCAGAAAAGACUAGCCGAGUGGAAGGCUAAUCAGAUGAAAAAUGUUUUUGGAGAGGUAAAGGAAAUAUCUGGACAGGAUUAUAUAGAAGAAGUGAACAAAGCUGGCCAAGGAAUUUGGGUUGUGUUACAUCUGUACAAACAGGGCAUCCCUCUCUGCUCUCUGAUAAAUCAGCACCUCACUGUACUAGCAAGAAAAUUCCCACAGACGAAAUUCCUCAAGUCAAUCUCGACAACCUGCAUACCAAACUACCCUGACAGGAAUCUGCCGACUAUAUUUGUGUACUUGGAAGGUGAAAUGAAAGCACAGUUUAUUGGGCCACUGCUCUUUGGUGGCAUGAAUUUAAAAGUAGAAGAGCUGGAGUGGAUGCUCGCGGAGCCCGGGGCCGUCAAGACGGAUUUGGAAGAAAAUCCUCGAAAACAAAUCGAGGACAAGUUGAUGUCGUCGAUCAGAUGCUCUCUCCCCACACAAAAGGACGGCGACUCGGACGAUGAUUGAAACGUCUUACAAUGUUACGGGCCCCGAUCUGUGUUUUACUCCUGAUUGAGUGAUGAAAUGUAGUGCAUUAUUUCCUUGUCUGUCUGGUGUGGCAGUGGCCUGUGGCAGUGGCCUGUGUCACAGGGAUGUCUCUCUCUACACUGGCUUAUUUGUCCACAGAGAGGCUGUUCCCACUGUCCUCUCCGAGAUGAAAUCGCCUCUUGCUUGGAGGACUGAAGAGCUGUGAGAACUGAUAGACAUGUGCCACCCCAAACCUACGAAAAUUGCUACUAAAACUAUUUGGAAAAUUCUGCUUUUUUUAAACCUAUUUGUAGGCAAUUAAUUUUAAAAUAGAGGAGGGAGGUAGACAGUGUGUGUUCUAUUUAACCAAAUAUAGUAUCGUCUCACUCACUGGUAUGUUUUUUUUUUUUUUUUGAGAAGGUAUUAAACUGCAAUUGUAACUCCAUAUAAAACAGCAAAUUGUAGCAAUUUCUUAUGAAUUAAGUCAACGUUUUUGAAACCUAAGGGUGACGAAUUAUAAAUACAAACUGCUGUAGUGUCACUAAGAAAAAAAAUAUACAACUGCAAGACCUUUUAAAGGUAAAAGCAGAAGUUACGUUUUAAAAGUGAACCCAUUUGUUUUACCGGUGUGCAACAUAUAUACUGGAAUGGAUUGAAAGUGACAUUUGUGUUACAAAGAAAAAAUGCAGUGUAAUAGUAAAGCAAUCAAUAUGUGCAAUUUAACAAAACAGUUUGCAGAAACAUCCAGGCACUAUCAUGAGGGGACAGUGAUCACACGCAUGAUGCCAUUAACUCAUCCAAAUUGGUAAAGACAUUUGCACAGUGGUGCUGACGGAAGCCACAUUAAGUACAAAAUUGCACCGUGCACAAUUGUUUAAUCCAGGCUUUUCUUUUUCAUGCUGUAGGUUUGUUUAAAUUUAUUUAUAUUUACCCUUCUUAUUAUAGAAGAAUGAGCAACAGAAAUAAUUGAUUUCCCUUUCUACAAAAUGUUUUGCCAAAUACAUUACCUUCAUCCCUGGGUAGAUCCUUGUUGUUCCAGAGUUUUUCCACUUGACCGUAGAGCAGUCUGCUGGCAGUCACUUCAGAUUAAGCUGGCAUAGGUAUGUAUACUGUAGCUGUUGUCAUUUAAUGAUUAGAAAACCUGGUAAUACUUUGUCAUCAUGUAGCAUCACAAACAUUGCAGAAAGGCUUUUAAUGUUUAAGAGCAAUGGUGCCGUAGACCUGUAAGCUUCAUUUUACUUUUCAUGGAAGGAAACAGUACCAUUUUCAUUCUUUUAUUUUUUUCAACACGUAUCACAGUUGGCAUUGUAAAUCGAUAGAAAUUAAACGUUUUUUUAAAAAGGAA